ACUAAGGAUAGCGCCGAUUGGUUGAGGCUUCCAUCCAAUGAGAGCGCUCUCGCUUCUCGUCCAAUCGCAGCGCCGUACCCUUUUGGCGCACGUGCGGCGGCCGUUGAGCUUCUCCGUUCUGGCACUGUUUGUUCGGAGAUAUCCAUGGAGUGAGGGGAGGAAAAGCGAGACACAGACGACUGGAGGAACAAGGGAGGAGCCGAAGCUGAACCGGAGAACAAGACAGGAUUCACAGCUGAGCGUAUUCACCGCUAGCUCUGUGCUCAAGUCCCCUUCGCUUGUGGGGAACAGUUUCUCAAAGUAUAGUUUGCAAAGUCAGUUUCUGGAUUCUUCUAGCAGAAAGAUGAAUUCAUUGGGUAAAUCUUCCAAAUGGCCGUCUUAUGACUCGCUUCCCUCCACCUCAAGCUUCCCCCCCAGCGAAAGCGAGCAGACUGAGGACGAGGCAGACAUCUUCUCUGAGGGAGAAGGGGACGGCGUAUUAAAAAGCUCCCUGCACUCAAAGUUUAAUGGCGAUCAAUGUGAACUAUACCCUGAUGAAGCCAAACAUUUGUCUCCUGAAACGGCUGCACUGAGGUCAUCAACUCCAGGAGACUUGACCUUCGCUAAGAAAUGUGCUGAUUUGCACAGGUUUAUCCGCCCUUUGCUGGAGCUUCUACAAGGAUUACAGACUGGACGGUUUGACAAAGGCUUAACCAGCUUCCAGCAGAGUGUUGCCAUAGACAGAUUACAGCGAAUUCUUGGGAUCCUGCAGAAACCUGAAAUGGGUGAGAAAUACCUCCAGAAUCUGCUGCAGAUAGAGAUGCUGCUCAAAAUGUGGUUUCCUCAGGGGGCGUUCAAAUCUGAGGACAAAUCCAAGCAGACCAGCUCUGCCUCACUUGCUUUACAUCGGAGGAAAAAUCAGCUCCACAUACCGGUCAAGAAGAGAAAGCUGAGCUGGUCAGACCCCGAUGUUGCCGACAGUCUCCCGGCGAAGCAAAGCCACCGUCAACACGGAGAACACGAGAGGUGCCACGCUGCCGCUUCACUUGACACCGCUUCGACAUGUCUUCCUCUAGCUCCAGAAAAUCAGAUCACGUCAGAGGAGAAAACUGCUGACACAGAAGUGGAUAACUGCUCAGCAGGGCAAAGGUUUACAGACAGGACUGGCCCUUUAAGCAGGGCUUAUAUAUGUGGCAGGAGAGAAAGYGAGAACCCGACGCGCACUGAGGUCUUUCUGCCCUCCUCGCGCCGCAGCCCAGCUACGCAGGACUGCUCGGUGUCUUCGAGCAACAGCGUUCCUACGACUGACUCACCUUAACUGGCUGAGGCUGACCUUGCUAUCACAUGGAGGUACCUCAGCUGGAGGGCGGACCGGAUUACAUAAGUAUAAGGUUUGGCUUGAAGCCAGUCUGCCAUGCCUGCAAGGCACAUUAAAUCAGAGGAGGUGGAGGAAGAUACUUAUUAACCCCCGACUCUCUGGGUUUCUUUUCCUAAAGUGGCCGUGUUAUAUUAUUUUUAUUAGGAGUUGUUGUUGUUUGCAGGAAGGUAAUGUUUUUCUAUGAAACUAAGUUGAAGGAGCUUGGAUUUUUUUUAUUAUAUAUUUCUUGUGUGUUAAAGCCGUUUUUACUGUUUUUAUAUUUUUUUCAUAAUAUACGACAGCUUGAAAAGUAGCAGCACAGCAUUCUGAAAAUAAUACCAAUAAUGAUUUUAUUGUUAUUAUUAUUUUAGAAGCUGCUGUUUGUAGGAAGGUGAUGAUGCUUUGUGGAGAACUGAGUUAAAAUAGCUUAGGAAUAUUUGAUAUUUCUUGUGCAAUAAAGCAGAUUUUUACUGUUUUGUACUUUUACACAUUUAAGGCAGCCCAAAAAGUAAUGACAAAGAAUUAAAAAAAUAAAUAAAUAAAAGUAUUUUAUUUAUAACGGUGCUCUCAGAGGCGUCUGCACCUGUGCAGGAGGGAAAACGUGCGACUCUGCCGACAGGCAGUUCAACACGCUGAUCCCCUGGUGUCUGCCCCACACUGGGAACUGCCACAUACCGUUAAUAUUUUUUACUCUGUCCUGCAGUAGUAGUGGCCUCAUUGCUGAUUUCUGGCAAAUUGUAAAAGUAAAAAAAAAUAUUUUGCAGCUUCCUUGGAUUUCUAAGAAAAUUUUACUGUAUUAAUUUUACAUUUACAAGAAGUCAAGCUCUCUUCAGUCACAUCGCCUUCAAAAGCUGAUAUUUAUGACUAUUUUACAUAUAGUUUUCUAUAAGUGACUUGGAGACGCUCCAAAAUUGAAAAGGAUCUUCCUUUGCCCAUUUUCUGCUUCCAGCUACAAUUAAGUUACUUUCUGGUAGAUUUUUGUCAUCUUGCUGACUUACAUUAUCUCACACUGUCCAGYGUUUUAGAUGAAACUAAAUGAUGUAGGAAAGACAUGCAACUUCUGCCAAGAUGUGCCAAACAAAGACAUUUUUACAUUUUCAAAUUGUAAGUGGCUUAUAAYGAUGUCACAAAUAUUUUAUUUAUUUUAGUUUUGCUUCUCCACUUAAUAUGAAAAUUAAAAGGAUUUUUCUGCAAAAACACUUGCGCAAAAAAAAGAAAAGAAAUACUCAGCUGAAUAUGAUUCUGCAUAUUGUGCUAUUUAUCUUGUGAGUUGCCACCUUUUGCUUUUAUUGGAAAUAUGUUGCAGUGGAAAUUUGUAGCAAACAACUUAAAAUAUUUAUGCCUGUGUGCAUCUGAGUUUGUGUAUCUGCACUUUGGAUGAAAAUGAGGAAAUGUUACAUGUCUGUGAACAUCAACRAAGUUGUGAAAUUAUUUAUAAAAGCAUUACUUGAUAUUUUUAAUUCCAUCGGCUGGUUUGUGUUACACCUCAGAGGUACUUGAAUUAUAAACGCGUGUCACUGCAGGGAAACAUUUGAAGAAUAGUAGCAUAAUAUAUACUAAAAGCAAGCAUGAUGCGGAAGUAAAAACCAACUUCUGUGCCUCAUUUAUGAGAUUUAUCACUAUUAUUUCAUAAAAUUGGCAACACUAAGUGCAAUAAGAAACGUAAAGAUGAAAGGAACUGAACCAUUUCUGAACUCAUCGUUUUUACUCUUACAAACAUUUUGGUGAAGUUUUAUUCAUGUUGAUUGACGUCUCUGAUGGUUUGUCAUUGUCAGAGCCUUACGUAUAAACACGAAUAACAGUGGAAAUUAUACAACAAAGAAAAAUCAAGUGCAUAAUUUUUUAUAAAUGAUUUAAAGAAAACAUGCCACUGCAAACCAGAUGUGCUUUUUGUGCAGGUGUUUUUCAGGCUUCAUUAUUUUGAAUAAUUCAGUGUUACUUCAUGUAGAAACAGUAAGCACAAGGCAGAGAACAACAUGUGUACAAUAAAACUUUGUGUUUUUGUUGUCAAACUGUAAUAUGUGACUAUAUUUGUGAAAUAAGACAAAAGUUCUCUCUUUGCAGUUGUACUUUUUAAAAAGGUCCAGUUGUUUUUUUUGUUGAGGCCAUUUCUUUGUUUCUUGUAAAUCAUAUUGUCCUUUCAGGUGAGUGCUUGAAAUUUUUUUUUAGAUAUUAAAAGACUGAAAUGAUUUAUUAACUCCA